AUGAAGUUCUCCGUCGCUGCCGUUGCCGCUCUCGCCGCUGGCGUCUCUGCUGGCUCCAACGUCACCUACACCACCGAGGUCGUCACUGCCCUGACCACCUACUGCCCUGAGGCCACCAAGAUCACCCACGGCGGCAAGACCUACACCGUCACUGAGGCCACCACCCUGACCAUCACUGACUGCCCUUGCACCGUCACCAAGCCCGUGAUCACCACCCCCGUUGUUGUCUGCAACACCUGCGGCUACAACACCACCGUCCCGACCACCCCGGUCCCGACCAAGCCCCUCCCCACUGGCGGCAACAAGCCCUCCAGCCCUCCCUCGGUCCCCACCGCUGGUGCCGCCAAGGCUGCUGGUCUCUCCGGCGCCGGUCUGGCCGCUGCCCUCGGUCUUGCUGCCCUUCUGUAA